AUGGCACCGAAUAUAAUUUCAAAUGGAGAAAAGAAAAGGGCGAUGCGGAGUAUGAAUGUAGUUCUGGACGCAAUUGGCACUUUAAAGGAUAAACUUGGUUCUGCACCCAGCGGCAUUUGCGACUACAUUUCUGCUGUAUAUGGAAUAGAUCCAAAAUUGAUUAAGGCUAAGGUUAGAGUAACACUUAAGAAAUGUUUAUUAGCUGGCUUAAUAUCAAAACGAGAUGGCCUCUAUAAAUUAACUUCCUCUGCCCAUAUACAAACUUCUAAACUCCCAACUAAAGAAGUUUGCUGGUGGUACCGGCAAGGCGGCAAAAAGUCGAGAGCGAGAAGAUCAAGAUCAAAAUCCAAAUCGCCUAAAAGACGCAAGGGCAAACGCCGUGGCCGUGGCCGUAGCCGUAGCCGUAGAAGCGGACGUAAAUCUAGAAGGAAGAGUCCCAAACGCAAGAAGGGACGUGGUAAAAGUCGCAGGGGCAAAAAGCGUCGUGCAAUAAAUGUUUUGCCCAAAAAUGGAAAAUAUUUUCGAAUGACCAAGUUUGACCAAAUGCAAUCUGAUGCCGAUUUGAUUAUCAGCGACUUAAUACGGAGUAUCGAGCAUAAAUUACGUAAUAAAAGAAAUGAAGAUUUGGCUCAUCACAAUAUUUGGAAGAAAAAUAAUAAAUAUAUUACCGCGCACGUAUCAAGAUAUUCCAAUAGGAAUGAUGACAAAUUAUCCUCCGCAACCGAACACUCAACAAAAAAAUCUGCUUCAGAAACAAAAAGGGACCAAUAUAUUAACGAUGACAUAGUUAAUCCAGAUUUCGAUCCUGAUAAAAAAAUUAAGUCUGAACGCAAUAGUUCUACCGAUAUGUCGAACAAUUAA